AUGGAGAUCACUUCACAAAGUUUCAGCAGCUAUCUUCCCUGGGUAUUGAACGAGAUUUCAGCGAGCUGCUUCGUUGCCCUGGAUCUCGAGCUCUCAGGCAUUGCCCUAGCUCCAAGCUCUCAAGGUGCAAGGACUCAAACGCUUCAGCAACGAUACGAGGAGACCAAAGCCGCCGCGGAAAAGUAUCAGAUCCUACAGGUUGGCCUGACUAUCUGCCGAGAGGAUCCAAAGAACGGCUAUGUCCUUAAGCCUUACAACAUCAAUCUCAAUCCGCUUCUGAAUCGCGACCUGGAUAUCAACCGUGACUGUACUUUCAAUGGCUGGGCAACGGAAUUCCUCAUGAACAACCGGUUUGAUCUGAACUCGUUGUACCGUGACGGAGUGCGCUAUCUGUCCCGACGAGAAGAAGAAGAAGCGAUGGAGCAAGGAAUUAAAAAGUGUAAUCCACACGAUACAGUGGACACCCGAGGCUUAGAGUUGGACAAUCCAGAAUCCAUCGACUUCCUCCAGGCAGUUCGGCGCGAACUUGACAACUGGUUGGCUCAAGAUCAAAAGCGGAGCCGUUCCAUCAAUAUUCCUCCAAGUUUCCCUCUGCCUUCUUUGCAUGGGAAGAAGACCCUGCCGAAGGUCUUGAAUAAUAUGCAAAAGUGGCUCGUUCAUCACUUAGUCAACACUGAAUAUCCAAAUCUCAAGUCACGAAGAAGGCCGGCUUUCAUUUAUAUCGAACUGUCUGACCCCGCGCGUGACGAAGUGGAGAAGGCUGAGAGGAUGAAGGCAAUCAGUAACCGCGUGCGAAAGCAUGUCGGCUUCAGAUGGAUCACAGAGGCUCUAGUGGGCGGGGAUUUGACUGAUCUUGAACCGCAGACAUUCAAGGAUUUAAUGGCCAAACUCAAGAACCCUGGCUUCACUCUGACUGACCUCUCAGACCGACUGAAGGAGCGCCUCAAAGAAAACCGGCCCGUGUUGGUUGGGCAUAACUGCUUCACCGACCUGGUUUUCUUCUACAAGUGCUUUCUAGGUCCAUUGCCAGCCACCAUCACAGAAUUCAUGGAUCUGGUUCAUACUGUAUUCCCGAUGUUAGCCGACACCAAGUACCUAGCAACGCAGAAUUCCGACGCCAUGAGUCCGACAUCCUCACUGGAAGAGCUAAACAAAAGUCUAGCAAAGCUAUCCUGCCCCAGAAUCGACAUCGAUACUAUCCACUCGAAAUAUCUGUAUAAGACGAGCAUCCAUGAAGCGGGCUAUGAUAGCAUGCUAGCCGCGAUCGCCUUCAUCAAGUUGUCUGCACAGCUUUCAAGCGGGGCCGAACAUGGCAAGAUGCCCAAGGGAAAGCGAGGCAGGUUGGAAGAUAUGGAGAUCGGGCUGGUGAACAAUCCAACCCCAGCCGCUGCUGUGCGAGAGCUGUUCCCCAACUGCCGUCCACGCAUGUCAAACUCGUCUAGGAACAGGUUUCAGGAUUUCUUUGAUACUGAAGAUGAAGGAGAGAACACUAGUCCCCCAACUCCACGCACUCAAAACCUGUCACGGAUGGUCCUGGAGGACAAUGGCUCAGAUGAGAUCGCCAGCAUGAUUCGCCAUGGACUGCUGGUCCCUCGCCUCGGGACAGAGUUUUGGGAAGUCUACGGAAACCGAUUGCGGGUGUUUGGGACCGCAGAAAAGGUGAUUCGCCUCGGAGGAACGCUAAUGAGCGAUGCCAAUUAG